AUGUUGCCUUCACAUUCACAACAUGGCCCUGUGACCCCUGUCUUUGCAGGACACUUUGGCGGUGGUGUCCAGUCCUACUCCAUGUUCCUGCGCUUCCUGGUGGUGCUCAACUUCCUGUCGUUUUUGCUGAUUGCUGGGUUCAUCCUCAUCCCCAGUAUCGUGUUCAGAUCCACCAGUAACAUGACAGUGGACGACACUGGUCCAGAGGUGUGUAGGGUCUAUGAUCCAAAUCUUCAAGGUCUGGUGGUGUUUUACCAGUACUUCCUGGACUUACUCUCUGGAACGGGUUUCAUGGAGUACUCCUACAUGUUCUAUGGUUACUAUAACAACACCGUGGCAGAGAGCAGUGGCUUCCACUACAACCUGCCCCUGGCCUACCUCCUCACCUCCGUCUUCUACUUCGCCUUCUGUCUCAUCUGCAUCAUCACACGGUACCUUCUGGAAUGCCCUACACUUCCAUCUGCAUAG